GGCCCACCUCUCGCCAUGGCGGCCUCCUCCUCCUCCUCCAACCCUGCGCCUGAGCCGGCGCCUCUGCUGCUGCCGGCGCCGCCAGAGCCCGUGUCUUUGCCGCCGCCGCCGGAGGCCAGGCCCAAGCCGAGCCCCACCGUCGCCGACAACUUCCGCAGCCUGCUCAGGUCCGGCGAGGCGCUCAUCCGCUUCGCGUUCCGCGGCAACUCCCGCCACCCGGCUCGGCGGCCUCCGCCGCCGUCCGCGCCUCGGCCGCUGCAGCAGCAGCACCCCCACCACCACAACCGCCCGGCUGAAAUCAUGAAGCGGCUGCAGCGCGAAAAGCUGUCCGACAUGAUCAAGCUCAUGGACGGGCACGAGCAGAUCGAGCGCAUCGUCUCGCUGUACACGAGCGGCGCCAAGGCGCUGCACCUCCCGGAGCUCCCCGUGCGGGUGAAGGUCGCGCUAGACGCGGCCGGGGCGCUGCUCCUCGUCGAUGGCGACGAGCUCGAGGAGGCGAGGGGCAGGCUCGCCAAGGCCAGGAGCACGACGGGGCUCAGCUCCAGGUUCGUCUUCGAGUCGAGCACCCGUGGAGGCAAGGACACCGUCGCCGCGGAGCUCGCCACCGGGCUCGGUGCGGCGGCGGCGGCCGGCGGGAGGCCCCUGGAGCUGACCAGGCUGCAGUACUGCGCCCACGUCGGCGACUUGCUGUCGAUGACGCUCGUCCCCUUCGGCGCCCAGUGCAACAACUUCUUGCAUGGUUCGAGCCUGAUCCAGAGUAUCCAAAGCAGGGCCUUGUCCGGCGGGCCACCGUCGUUUUCGGAGCGUCACGACUGCGGCGCCGGCUUGAGCGUAAAGAGAUCAAGAUUCAGGGCCUCCAUAGCGCAUCUGAUCUUUGGUUCUCCCGGCGAACAUGGAGGCGGCGGCAAUGGCGAUCACGGGUUACCCAACCGGCUGACCACGUUUGGAAAGGUGAGCUACGACACGGCCGACGACGUCAAGCUCAGCUUGUCGGGGCUGUGGCAGGUCCGCCCGCCGUCGUCCCGGUUCAGCGACCUCGGCGCACUCGCCGUGCCGCUGGGCAGCCUGAAGACGCGGAAACCCAUCCCUCCUCGCCCGUCCACGCCGACGCCGCCUGCUUCCUCACCGCCGCCGGGGUCACCGAGCUCGAGCAUGAUGGUGCAGGGCCCGGCGCCUCCUCCUCCUCCCACCCCCAUGGCGGGGGUAAAGACGACGGUGGAUGUGCAGGGCUCUGUUGCCGCCGCCGGCGCCGCGGCGGCGCCGUCGCACACGGUGGCCGUCAUGGUUGACUGUGACAUGUACGAGGCCCUGAGAGUAGAAGGCUGGGUCGAGGUGGAGACAGCGGCGGCUCCGGCGACGAGGCGGCGCGGCUCUAGCAGGCCGGUGCGGUGGGGCGCCUGCGUGUCCGACUGCCCGGAGCGCGAGCUCGGGUGGGGGUUCCGGCUCGGCGGCACGGCGGAGAAGGGCAAGCACCGCCCGCACUUCGAAGGGUUCCUCAGCUUCGACCUCGGCAGGGGCGGCAGGCUGCAGCCGGGCCUCAUCAUCGCCGUCGACGACGACAACCACAAGACGCCGGCGCUCGUGCUGCGCUCGUCGUGGCUCAUGUGAGCAGCUUCUUGCUGCUGCAACCAAACGUGUUCUGUUCUUCUUGGCAGCUCUGAUACUGUUACAGAUAAUGAGCAUACUCUACGUGACAAAUACCCUUCAAAAAUUUUCA